AUGCAGUAUCCUACAGCAGCAGCAAUGGCGCGGGAUGGAAGCUGCAGCAGCAGCAACGGCAAGGCCCAAAAGAGGGACGUGCGUUGCAAGGUUAUCAGCAGCAGCAGCAGCAGAAGCAGCAGCAACAGCAGCAGGAGCAGUGCUAUGAGUAUCUCCAACAGCAACGAUGCAGCAGCCCCGCCAAUAGCAAACCUUAUCAGCAGCAGCGACAGCAGCAGGAGCAGCAGCUGCUGCAGCAGCAGCUGCAGCAGCAGGAGUAGAGGACAGCUAAAUAAUAGGAGAAGGGUCCGCCGCAGCAGGAGUAGAGGAAGACUGUCUGCCAGAAGCCGAAGCAGCAGAAGCAGCAGCAGCAAACGCAGCAGCAGCAGCAACAGCAGCAGCAGCAGUAGUAGUAGUAGACGCAACAAGAAAAACAGGAGCCGAAGCAAGAGCUGCAGCAAGACAAGAUGCAGCAACAGCAGCAGCAGCAGCAGCAGCAAUUGCAUGCGUCUUUCUAAACGCCGGGUCUACAAUAGUGGCAGCAGCAGCUGCAACCGCCACAGCCAACAGCAGCAGCAGCAGCAGCAGCAGCAGCAGCAGCAGCAGCAGCAGCAGCAAAUAUGGGAGAUAUCCGAUUCUGCUGCUGCUUCAUUCUCUCCCAAGGUUAAACAGAUUGUGCUGCGCCUCCCUCGAGCAGCAGCAGCAGCAGCAGGAGCAGCAGCAGCAGCAGGAGCAGCAGCAGCAGCAGGAGCAGGAGGAGGAGGAGGAGGAUCCCUUCCCCCUCAUUAUCACCCAUCAUUCUCAUCGUCAUCAUCAGCAUCAUCAACAUCAGCAACAGCAGCAACAGCAGCAGCAACAGCAGCAGCAGCAGCAGCAGCAGCAGCAGAAUAUGAGGAAAAAUGUAUAGAAUUACCUCAUAGAUUUGCUCGUAAUGAGCGCCGAUUAAAUCGAUUCAUUUCUUCGCUGUUUAAUUUACAGCAACAAAUGUUCCUUAGUCUUAUUACUCUACAAGGUUUUUCUUUGCCGUUGCAUUGGGAUGCAUUAAAGACAGGCGAAUGUUAUUAUAUCGAUAUUCGCCCGCAGCAGCAGCCUGCUGCUGCUGCUGCUGCUCCUCCUGCUGCUGCUGCUCCUGCUGACACUGCGGGGAGCACGGAUCAUGAUUCUGCUGCAGCAGCAGCACCAUCAGCAGCAGCGCAUGCUGUUCGGCGGCCACGGGCAGCAGCAGCAGUGGAUGCAACGAAUGGAGUAGCAGCAGCAGCUGCUGCUAAAUUGGCCAACGGUAAGGCACCAGCAGCAGCAGCAGCAGCAGCAACAGGAGCGGCGGCAGCAGCAGCAGGCGCUGGAAGGAAGCCACAGCAGAAUGGGGAAGUUGCUGAGCAGCAGCGCAGGCAGCAACAGCAGCAGCAGCAGCAGCAGCAGCAACAGUUAUUAAGGGAGCAGGCGAAACAGGAGCAAUUGCUGCAGCACAAUUUAAAAAGGGAGCCAGAAGAGCAGCAAGAGAAGCAGCAGCAGCAGCAGCAGCAGCUGCUGCUGCAGCAGCGGCAGCGGCGGCAGCAGCAGCAGACCCCACUGGAAAUUGCUGCCAGUGAGCAGCAGUACUCCCCAGCAAUUGCGAGGGAGAAUGAUGUUGCUGCUGCUGCUACUCCUGCUGCUGCUACUCCCGCUGCUGCUACUGCUGCUACUACUACUACUGCUGCUGCUGCGCAUGCUGCAGCAGACAGCAUCGAGCCCGUCCAUCGAGUUGCAGCAUCUCCAGCAACCGGUGCAACAACAACAGCAGCAGCAGCAGCAACAGCAGCAACAACUUCAACAGCAGCAGCAGCAGCAGCACGUGCUGCUGCUGCUUCUCCUGCCGACCCGGUGUAUCUGAAGGUCCAAGUGUCUAGGCAGGUUGUGUGGAUGCGAGUUGGAAAACAGCCUGCUGCUGCUGCUGCUGCUGCUGCUGCUGCUGCUGCAUCCCUGCCAUCUAGCAGAAGCAGUAGCAGCAGCGGCAACAGCACGGAUUUGGCUUAUCGCAGGGCCUGCAGCAGGUGCAGGGGGAUUUGCUGUUGCUGCUGCUGCUGCAGGCUGUGCCUGUCUGCUGCAGUGAAGCAGCAACAGCAGCAGCAGCUGCAGGGAGUAGCGCUGCUGCUGCAGUGGUUAGACGGUCAGGUAGGAGGCACCUCUUUGGUCUCCUUCUCCCCUGAUGGCUCAGCAGCAACGCUGCAGCAGCAGCAGGAGCAUGCAGCAGCAGCAGCAGCAGCAGCACAAGGCCAACGCCUGCAGCCGAUGAUGACGGCACCGCUUGCGUUGUAUUUGCUGCGGGCGGUCUUCCAUGGACCUCAUGCAGCAGCAGCAGCAGCUGCUGCUGCUGCUGCUGCAGCAGCAAAGAGAAAAGGAGCAGCAGGGAAGGCAUCCAAGAGUGCCAGAGGCAACAGCAGCGACAGCAGCGCAAAGAGCACCACCACCACCACCAGCAGCAACAGCAGCAGCAGCAAAGCAGCAGCAGCAGCAACUAAUCAGGAUUAUGCUGCUGCCUUUGAAGAACUUCAAGCUUUUAGUCAAUCCAAUUGGCUGCGGCAGCUGCUGCAGUUCGUUCCCUCCAGCAGCAGCAGCAGCAGGAGCGAUGGAGCGACAGCAAAGAAGAGUAGCAACAGCAGCAGCAGCAGCAGCAGCAGCAGCUUCUCUUUUACUGAGUUAGCUGCCUCUCAUUUAGGUAUGAGGGAGUUGCUGCUGCACUUCUUUGCGCGGGAGCUUGCCACAAGCCGCAGCCUCAGCAGCAAUAGCAGCAGCAGCAGCAGCAGCAGCAGCAUCGUUAGUUCCCCGGCCGCAUCGCCACUCAUAUGCAUGCGCGGUGUAUCUGCUGCUCCAACUGCAGCAGUGUAUAGCGAGGGCCUGGUUGUGCGCCGGCAGGAACUCCGUCGGUGCAGUUGUCCUGCUGCUGCUGCUGCUACUGCUGCUGCUGCUGCUGCUGCUGCUGCUGCACCGCUUGCAGCACUAGAGGAGUUUGAGGACGGAGCUGUCGAUACACUCAAGGCGCUCUUAAUGACUUUCUUAGAGGCACUAAGAACGUUGUUAGACCUUACCCGCAGCAGCAGCAGCAGCAGCAGCAGCAGCAACAGUAACUGCAGCAGCAGCAGCAGCAGCAGCAGUAAUGUGGCGGAGAUGGAAGCUGCUGCUAGGAGGGUAGAGGCAGCAGUUCCUGCUGCUGCUGUGCAGUUCUAUGAUGCCCUCUUGUGGCUAAGAGCAGCACAAAGUAUGCGACGCCGCAUGCGUCUGCUGCUGCAGCUGCUGCAGUCGCCACCUGCGGCCCCACAAACAGGAGCAACAGCAACAGCAGCAGCAGAAACUAAAGAGGAAACAGCAGCACCAGCAGCACCAGCAGCACCGGCAGCAGCAGCAGCAGCAGCAACCGUAAAUAGUUCUCCCAGCAGCUGCCAGCAGCUGCUGCGGCGGCAAAUGGAGAGGCGGGAGGGAUUUGUGCGUUUUAUGAAGGAAAGGAGACGUGGUGCAUCUGCUGCUGCUGACGCAAGCAACAGCUGCAGCAGCAGCAGCAGCAGCAGCAGCAGCCACAGCAGGAGCAGCAGCAGGAGCGAUAGCCUGUUGAACGAUGCAGCAGCACUAGAAGGAGCCCGCAUGGUGCUCUUGCUGCCGCAGCAGCAGCAGCAAUUCAACUACAGCUGCUUGACUGCAGAACUGCAGCAGCUAAGUGCAACCAUUAGCAACAGCAGCAGCAGCAGCAGCAGCAGCGACAGCAAGAAAAGGCCUGCGAUGCAGCAGCUGCGGCUGUCCGUUAGCCCCACAUGGGCUGCCUUAGAGGCAUUGAUGUCUUGGCUGCUGCUGCUGGCGCAGCAAGGAGAAGCAGCAGCAGCAGCAAUGAUUACCUCGUUGCAGCAGCAGCUGCAGGAGCUGCAGCAGCAGCAGCAGCAGCACCAGCUGCAGCAUCAAGAAGAAGAAGACGUGCGAAUGACGAGUGGGUCCACAGACAGAGAUGAGGGCCAGCAGCAGCAACAGAAACAGCAGCAACAGCAGCAGCAACGGAUGCUCCUGCAGCAACGACAGCAGCAGCAGCAGCAAAGAGCAGCACGAGAUGUCGUUAACUGCUGCAGCAAAGUACGGCGGGCUGUUGAGCUGCUAAUGAACAGCAACUGCAGCAGGAGCAUGCGCGGGGACCUGCAGCAGCAUUGCUGCUCCCCUCUCUUACAGCCGAGUCUGCAGCAGCAGCAGCAGCAACAGCAGCGGCAGCAGCAGCAGCAGGAAGCUACUGCUGCUCUAGCCAAAGUUGUCCUUCCUCAGCCGCCGCAGCAACUUGACAGCAGCAGCAGUGAUAACGUAUCUCCGGAUGCAGCAACAACAGCAGCAACAGCAGCAGCAGGAGAAACUGCUGCUGCUGCUGCUGCUGCUGCUGCUGCAUCGGAAGAGCUUGUUCGUCAGUUUAUACAAGGCCACUGUCCCCUUCUACUGGUAGACGACUUAGCAGGGGCAGCAGCAGCUGUGCGUCGUGUAGCUGCACAGAGCAGCAGCAGCAGCAGCAACAGCAACAGCAACGGCAACAGCAACGGCAACAGCAACAGCUACAACGGCAGCAGCAGCAGCGGGAAGCUACAGCGGACGUCUAACGUCUUGGUGCUGCUGCCUUUUGCGCCUGCAGCAAGCUGUGGGGCCCUGCUGCUAGCUGAGCAGCUAAACAGUUUCUGUGGGGAGCUGAGGGAUUUGCUGCAGCAGCAGCAGCAGCUGCAGCAGCAGCAACUCUCUCUACUGCAGCAGCUGCAGCAGCAGCAAAGGCGUACCCAAGGACCCACUGUGCGCACAUCUGUGUGCCUCUGUCUCCCACCUCCAGUCCGCAGCGCCACCGACAGCAGCAACAGCAGCAACAGCAGCAGCAACAGCAGCAGCAGCAGCAGCGACAGGGAGUGCUGCAUGCGUUGCUGCACCUCCCUUGCAGAAGCAGCAGCAGCAAGAGUCGUAGAGGGCCGUCUAAGAGGUUACAGCAGCAAACAUCGUGAUGGGGGCAGCAGCAGCAGCAGCAGCAGCAGCACCGACAGUAAUAGUAACAGCAGACCAGCAGCAGCAGCAGCAGCUUCGUCUGCUGCUGCUGAUGUCACGUUGCUCCCCCCUCCUUCCCUCGAUAUAUCUCUUGCUGCUGCUGCUCUAUGGUUAGCUGUAUACCACCAACAGGAUACAACCUUGCCAGCCCCAGCAGCAGCAGCAGCAGCAACAGCAGCAAAAGCAGCAGCAGCAGCAGCAAAGGGUACCAAUGAGCUGGUGAGUGUGGGGCAAGCUGCUGUGUCUGUACUGAGGGCCUUACAGAAGAGCGACAGGCAGCAGCAGCUGCCGCUGCUGCUGCCGCUGCCUCCCUGCAGCAAGUUGCAGCAGCAAGAGAGUGAAGCAGCAGCAGCAGCGGCAGCAACUGCAGCAGCAACGGCAGUGCAGCCGUUCCGUCCUAGCUUCCCGCUGCAGCAGCCGCUUGAGCUGCGUAUGUCCUGUGGGGUCUGCAGCAGCAGCAGCAGCGGGAGCAGCUGCUGGUGCUGCUGCAGCGACGACACUCCUCAGCAGCAGCAGAGGCCGAAGCAGGCAGCAGCAAACAGCAGCAAAUGUGCAGAUUCGCUGCUGCUGCUGCAUGCACCUUCAAGCUCUGCGGUCACCUUUGCCUUCCAGCUGCUGCUGCAUGCAAUACAGGCACUGCAGCCGCAGCAGCAGCUGCUGCUGCUGCAGCUGCACGCUGCUCUUAAGCAUGUUGGUAACAAGCUAAGCUGUCUCUUCUACGAACCCUCAUGGGCAGACAUGUGCGACUUGGCGGAUGCGCUGGAGGCGCAGCAGCAACAGCAGCAGCAGCAACAGCAGCAGCAGCAGCAGGAGGCGCUUGGUUUGCAGGUGAGGGGCCCUCAGACAAUCCUUUGCGGCAGAGGUUUAGAUCAGGCUACCCUCGUGGACAGACGGCUGCUGCAGGUGCUGCCGCUAACCUCAGCAGCAGCAGCAGCAGCAGCAGCAGCAGCGGAGUCCGCUGAAGCCGAAGAAGCUGCAGCAGCAGCGGCGGUGGCGGAGUCAGCCGAACCCGAAGCAGCAGCGGGGGAGCCAGCCGGAGCUGAACCAGCAGGAGGAGGAGGAGCAGCAGCAGGAGAUGCAGCAGCAGCAGCAGCAACAUCAACUGCAGCAGGAGGCGUCUGUUUGGAGCUUCUGAAGGUCUCCUUAUGCAGCUGCCUUUCUUAUGGGGAUGCGCUGCUGCUGCUGCUGCAGCAGCAGCAGCAGCAACCUCAUCCUUUGCUGCAUUUUUACUGGUUCAUUAGUGCUGCUCAUCCUGUCCCUGUUGUGCUGCUACGGCAUCCAUUGGUGCUGCCUCCUUGCAGCAGCAGCAGCAGCAGCAGCAGCAGCAGCAGCAAGAAUGUUGAGGAAGACAGCGGAGAUCUGUUCUUAAUUGCCUCUGCUACAGGUCUACAGUGUGGUGUGCUGCUUACAGCACCAGAGGCAUACACAUUACUUAGGGAGGGUCGGCUGCAGCGGCUACGUGCUGCUGUUGCAGAGACAUUUGCUUCUGCUUGGCGGCUGAGGGAGACAGCAACAUUAUUGGCUGCAUGCGCAGCAAGGCAGCAAUCUAAGCAAGGGGAAGCAGCAACAGCAGCAGCAAAUGGUGCUGCUUGCGCCUCCUGGUGCAGCAUACAGCAGCAGCAGCAGCAGCAGCAGCAGCAGGAAGCCUUCAGCUCUCUGUUACAAUGGACAGGCAAGCAGCAGGAAAUUCUCCUCUUUACUGCGCGCUAUAUUUGCUGCAGCUGUACUAAUUCUGCAUGCAACAAGAGCAGCAGCAGCAACGGCAGCAGCAACAGCAGCAACAGCAGCAACAGCAGCAGCAGCAAGAGCCGCUGCAGCUGUGGUACAGGACUGCGGUGGAAGGAAGCCAGUGCGCUUGCCUUAGCAGCAGCAGAAAGCUCAGGUGCACUUGCUGCGCUGCAGCAGAUACCAGCAGCAGCAACAGCAGUAGCUGCAGCUGCUGCUGUCCUGUCUCCACCGUUGCCCGCCAGCAGCAGCACGAGCAACAGCAGCAGCAGCGAAGAGGGGCUGCAUCCCAUCUCCACCGUCUUUGCAGUCAAGAAGGAGCCAGAUUGCAGCAGCAGCGACAGCAGCAGCAGCAGCAGCGACAGCAGCAGCAGCAGAAGAGUCUCUCUGUCUAAGAUGAUGCGCAGCGUGGCGACUAUGCUAUAUAGAGGAUCGUCUGCUGCAGUAGGUGCAGCAGGUGCAACAACAGCAGCAGGAGCAGCAAUACCGGCAGCAGCAGCAGGUGCAGCAGCAGCAGCAGCAGCAGCAGCCCCAGCAGCAGAUCUUGAGGAUUCUCUGUUAGAAUCCUUAAGAAGACUUUGCGGCUGUUUUCCUUCUACCCUAAGGAUUGGUGCUGCUGAGCCUGUGCUGCUGCAUGUUCUAUCAGAGGCAAAUGCUGCUGCUGCUGCUGCAGCAGCAGCAGCAGAAGGCGACGCCCUCAGCAGCAGCAAUAGCAGCAGCAAUAGCAGCAGCAGCAAUAGCAGCAGCAGCAGCAGCGCGGAUGCUGCAGCAGGCGAGUGGGUGUUAGGAUGGAGAGUCUCCGAGUCAGCAGCAAGCUUCCUCAUCGAGGCUCUUAGCAGCAGCAACUGCAGCAGCAGCAGCAGCAGCAACAGCAGCAGGACAACGACGUUGCCGUGGCGGCUGUCGCUGCAGCAGAGCACAGCAGCAGCAGCAGCAGCAGCUCGUGCCUUGAAAUCCCGUUGGCUGCAGCUGCAUAGCGAAGAGCAGCAGGAGCAUCAGGAUCAGCAGCAACAGCAGCAGCAGAAGCAACAGCAGCAGCAGCAGCAGCAGCAGCAGCAAGAAUGUCUAUCCCGUUUUGUUGCUGCUAUAGGCGUUGCUGCUGAGGGAUUUGCUGCCGGCUGCUGCCGCAUCCUUGUCUCUAGGACCUUAUUAAAGGAAUUAUGCAACUAUUUAGAGUUGCUGCAGCAGCAGCAGCAACAGCAGCAGUUGCUGCUGCUGCAGCAACAACAGCAACACAUGCAACUACUCCUGCUGCAGCAGCAGCAGGGAAAUCCAUCAGACACACAUAAAUUUGCUGCUGCUCCUUGGGUCUCCUUAGGUGGCGUUGUUGGGGUGCUGCAGCAGCUAAGUAGGCUGCGGCAGCAGCAGCAGCUAGAGGUGUUGCUGCAGCAGCAGCUGCAGCAGCAGCAGCAGCAGCAGCUACAGAACAAUUCAGAAGCAUUUGCCUAUCAUAAGAAGCAACAGCAGCCGCAGCUUAUCUACCGCUUCCCUUGGGGAGCACCGGGGGAGUCUCUGCUGCUGCUGCUGCUGCUGUUGCUGCGUGCUGCUGCCUUCCUGCACCCAUGGCGCAUGCAGCUGCGAGGCAGCUGCUGCUGCAGCAGCAGCUGCCAGCUGCAGCUGCGAGGGAAGAAGCAGGUAUCAGUGUUAAUGUCUAUAUGUUAUAUUUGUCCUAUAGAGGAAGUAUGGGUUGCAGCAGCACCAUCGCAGCAGCAGCAGCAGCAGCAAUUGGUGUUGCUGCAGCAGCAGCAGUUCGCGCAGAAACAACCACAGAUCCGGCAGCUAAGGGGACAGCAGCAGCAGCAGCAACCUGCUGCAGCUGCUGCUCCACACGCCGCUCUGCCUCCUGCAUCAGCAGCAGCAGCAGCUGCUGCUGCUUCUCCUGCAGCUUCGCCUGCUGCUGUUAAUGCUGCCGUUGCGCGGCAGCAGCAGCAGCAGCAGCAGCAACAGCAGCAGCAGCAACAGCACCCCAGCGCUAUAAAGAACGAAGCAACAACAACAGCUGCUGCUGCCGGUACACCUGCUGCUGCUGUAACAACUACAGCAACAGCAGGGCAGCUGUCUCGCCAGCCCCUGCAGCAGCAACAGCGGCCAUGCCAAAGUCAGCAGCAGCAGCAGCAGCGGCGGGGGCAACAGCAGCAGCAGCAGCAGGCAAUGCAGCUGUAUCCCGUGCAUGCAGGAUCAUCUGGGGUUUAUGGUGCUGCUUCUGUGCAUGCAGAAGCAGCAACAGCAGCAGAAGCAUCUGCUGCAGCGCCUCUCAAUAGGGACAAGCAGCAGCAGUCUCCCGUGGUUGUUGCAGCAGCAGCAGCAACAGCAGCAGCAGCAGAGUCUGAUGAUGAGCUGGUGGUUUAUAUAGACGCAGAGAGCGAACCAGAAGAUACACCGCAAGCAGCAGCAGCAGCAGCAACUGCAGCACGAGUGAAUGUUGCUGGUGGUGCUGCUACCUCUGGUCCCCGCUACACACCACCACCACCGCCACCACCACCGCAGCAGCAGCAGCAGCAGCAGCAGCAGCAAGGGUACAGUAGAAGUACGAGUGCUGAUCCUGAGGCCCUCUUUGAGGAGCUGCGGUUGCGGCAGCUGCAGCUGCGGCAGCAUUUGCUGCCGCAGCCACGUCUGCAGCAGCAGCAGCAGCAGCAGUUCGCAGCAGCAGCAGAUACCCUUGCGGUAUCCGAAUUGAAGGGAAAAAGCAGCCGCAGCAGCGGUGGCAGCAACAGCAGCAGCAACAGCAGCAGGCAGCAGCAGCAUAGCCCCAGCAGCAGUUCAUUGCCUCCCUCGAAGAGAUCCAAGCGUGUUAGUGCUGCUGCUGCUUCUUCCCCUGUUGCUGCUGCUGCUGCUGCUGUAAGUCCCGUUGUUAUUACCCUAAGCGAUUCAGACACCGCAGACGAUCUAUUCAAGCAUCCGGAGCAGCAGCAGCAGCAGCAGCAGCGGCAGCAGCAGCAGCAGCAAUGCUCUCGCUCUAAGCCUGCAACAUCUUAUUCGCCUACUGCUUCAUUGCACGGCGCAGCAGCAGCAGCAGCAGCAGCAGCAGCAGCAGCACCUGAAGCUUAUAGGGUAGCAGCAGUAGCAGGAGCAACAGCUGUGACGAAGAAGCAGCAAGUGGAGCAGCAAUUGCUGCAGCAGCAGCAGCAGCAGCAGCAAAAGUUUCUGCAGCUGACUGAGCCUGGUGAUACACGUAGACGUGUGCUGCUAGACCUGCAGCAGCAGCAAGAGCAGCAGCAGCAGCAGCAGCAGCAGAAGAGCAGAAAAAGGCGAAAGGAUAUUUCCUGCACUCCUGUAACGAUAUACAGCAGCAGCAGCAGCAGCAGUACCAGCAGCAGCAGCAGCAGCAAUGAUUUGCUGCCUGAGUGGUCUGCUGCUGAUGUGCUGCCUACUUAUUAUAGCGAACAAAGAAAAGGAGGAAAAACAAUUAAGGGAUUAAUGCUUAGUUAUAAGAAAGGAGGGAUCCUAUAG